CUUGGUGGACUGCAUGGACCCUGACUGCUGCCUCCAGCCCCUCUGUCAUGUCAACCCGCUGUGCCUGGGCUCCCCUGACCCUCUGGAAAUCAUCCAGGAGACACAGGCCCCUGUGUCCCAGCAGAACCUACAUUCCUUCUAUGACCGCAUCAAAUUCCUCGUGGGCAGAGACAGCACACACAUCAUCCCCGGGGAGAACCCCUUUGAUGGAGGGCAUGCAUGUGUCAUUCGUGGUCAAGUGAUGACAUCAGAUGGGACGCCGCUGGUUGGUGUGAACAUCAGUUUCGUCAACAACCCUCUUUUUGGGUACACAAUCAGCAGGCAAGAUGGCAGCUUUGACCUGGUCACAAACGGGGGUCUCUCCAUCAUCCUGCGGUUCGAGCGGGCGCCUUUCAUCACACAAGAGCACACCCUCUGGCUGCCCUGGGAUCGCUUCUUUGUCAUGGAGACCAUCAUCAUGAGACAUGAGGAGAAUGAGAUUCCCAGCUGUGACCUGAGCAAUUUUGCCCGCCCCAACCCUGUUGUGUCACCGUCCCCACUGACGUCCUUCGCCAGCUCCUGUGCUGAGAAAGGCCCCAUCGUGCCAGAAAUCCAGGCUCUGCAAGAGGAAAUUGCCAUCUCUGGCUGCAAGAUGAGGCUGAGCUACCUAAGCAGCCGCACCCCUGGCUACAAAUCUGUCCUGCGGAUCAGCCUUACCCACCCCACCAUCCCCUUCAACCUCAUGAAGGUGCACCUCAUGGUGGCAGUCGAGGGCCGCCUCUUCAGGAAGUGGUUUGCGGCAGCCCCAGACCUUUCCUAUUACUUCAUCUGGGACAAGACAGACGUGUACAACCAGAAGGUGUUUGGGCUUUCUGAAGCCUUUGUUUCGGUAGGAUAUGAGUAUGAAUCCUGCCCAGAUCUGAUCCUGUGGGAAAAAAGGACGGCAGUGCUGCAGGGCUAUGAAAUUGAUGCCUCCAAGCUUGGAGGAUGGAGCCUGGACAAACAUCAUGCCCUCAACAUCCAAAGUGGCAUCCUGCACAAAGGGAACGGGGAGAACCAGUUUGUGUCUCAGCAGCCUCCUGUCAUCGGCAGCACCAUGGGCAAUGGACGCCGAAGAAGUAUUUCCUGCCCCAGUUGCAACGGCCUCGCUGAUGGGAACAAGCUGCUGGCCCCCUUGGCCCUCACCUGUGGCUCUGACGGGAGCCUGUAUGUGGGAGACUUCAACUACAUCCGCAGGAUCUUCCCCUCUGGAAACGUCACCAGCAUCCUGGAGCUGAGAAAUAAAGAUUUCAGACAUAGUCACAGUCCAGCACAUAAAUACUACCUGACCACAGACCCUAUGAGCGGGGCUGUCUUCCUUUCUGACACCAACAGCCGGCGGGUCUUUAAGAUCAAGUCCACUGUGGUGGUGAAGGACCUUGUCAAGAACUCUGAGGUGGUGGCGGGGACUGGUGACCAAUGCCUCCCCUUUGACGACACUCGCUGCGGGGAUGGUGGGAAAGCCACAGAAGCCACACUCACCAAUCCCAGGGGCAUUACUGUGGACAAGUUUGGGCUGAUUUACUUCGUGGAUGGCACCAUGAUCAGACGCAUUGAUCAGAACGGGAUCAUCUCCACCCUGCUGGGCUCUAAUGACCUGACAUCAGCCCGGCCCCUCAGCUGUGACUCUGUCAUGGAUAUUUCCCAGGUUCGACUGGAGUGGCCCACAGACUUAGCCAUUAACCCAAUGGACAACUCUCUCUAUGUCCUCGACAACAACGUGGUCCUGCAAAUCUCCGAAAACCACCAGGUUCGCAUUGUUGCCGGGAGGCCCAUGCACUGCCAGGUCCCUGGCAUUGACCACUUCCUUCUGAGCAAGGUGGCCAUCCAUGCAACCCUAGAGUCAGCCACCGCUUUGGCUGUCUCCCACAAUGGGGUCCUAUAUAUUGCUGAAACUGAUGAGAAAAAGAUCAACCGCAUCAGGCAGGUCACCACCAGCGGAGAGAUCUCCCUGGUUGCUGGGGCCCCCAGUGGCUGCGACUGUAAAAAUGAUGCCAACUGUGAUUGUUUCUCUGGAGAUGAUGGUUAUGCCAAGGAUGCAAAGCUGAACACCCCAUCUUCCUUGGCUGUGUGUGCUGAUGGGGAGCUCUACGUGGCUGACCUUGGGAAUAUCCGAAUUCGGUUCAUUCGCAAAAACAAGCCUUUCCUCAACAGCCAGAACAUGUAUGAGCUGUCCUCACCCAUCGACCAGGAGCUCUACCUGUUUGACACUAGUGGCAAGCAUCUGUACACCCAGAGUCUUCCCACAGGAGACUACCUGUACAACUUCACCUAUACAGAGGACGGUGACAUCACGCUCAUCACAGACAACAAUGGCAACAUGGUGAAUGUCCACCGAGAUUCUGCUGGCUUGCCCCUCUGGCUGGUGGUCCCAGAUGGCCAUGCAUACUGGGUGACCAUGGGCAUCAACAGUGCACUCAAAAGUGUGACGACACAAGGACACGAGUUGGCCAUGAUGACAUACCAUGGCACCUCUGGCCUUCUGGCAACCAAAAGCAAUGAAAAUGGAUGGACAACAUUUUAUGAGUACGACAACUUUGGCCGCCUGACAAAUGUGACCUUCCCUACUGGCCAGGUGAUCAGUUUCCGAAGUGACACAGACAGCUCAGUGCACGUCCAGGUAGAGACCUCCAGCAAGGACGAUGUUACCAUAACCACCAACCUGUCUGCCUCAGGUGCCUUCUACACACUGCUGCAAGACCAAGUCCGGAACAGCUACCACAUCGGGGCGGAUGGCUCCCUGCGGCUGCUGCUGGCCAAUGGUAUGGAGGUGGCACUGCAGACUGAGCCACAUCUGCUGGCUGGCACCGUCAACCCCACCGUGGGCAAGAGGAAUGUCACCCUGCCCAUUGACAACGGCCUCAACCUGGUGGAGUGGCGGCAGCGCAAGGAGCAGGCUCGAGGCCAGGUCACCGUCUUUGGGCGCCGGCUGCGGGUUCACAACAGAAACCUCCUGUCUCUGGACUUUGACCGAGUAACGCGCACAGAGAAGAUCUACGAUGACCACCGCAAGUUCACCCUUCGGAUCCUAUAUGACCAGGCAGGGAGGCCCAGCCUCUGGUCACCUAGCAGCAGGCUGAAUGGUGUCAAUGUGACCUACUCCCCCGGGGGCCACGUUGCCGGCAUCCAGAGGGGCAUCAUGUCCGAGAGGAUGGAAUAUGACCCGGAGGGUCGCAUCACGUCCAGGAUCUUUGCAGAUGGGAAGGCGUGGCGCUACACGUACUUAGCAAAGGCAGGUGUCUGCCUCCCUCCACCACUGAUUUGA